AUGGCAUCGUCCAAGCAAGUUUUCAUCGCCAUCAUCGGUGCUGGCGGGGUUGGAAAGAGCUUCCUCUCCCAGCUCGAGGCCCUGGCCAGUCGACGACCCUCCCCUAAGCUGAACCUGGUCUACAUCUCGACCAGCAAGAAGGCGCUGUACGACGCCAGCUACUCCCCGAUCCCUAUCGCUGGCGCCGUAGAGAAGCUCGUCGCCGUCUCUCAAGCCCCUCCUGCUCUGCCCCAGCUCGUUGAAUACCUCGCCGCCGCCCCCGCCAAGGUCGUCCUGGUUGACAACACGAGCUCCCAAGAGGUUGCCGAUGCCUACCCCGUCUUCCUCGGCCGCGGCAUCAGUGUCGUGACCCCCAACAAGAAGGCCUUCUCUGGUUCCUACAGGCUGUGGCAGGACAUCUUCACCGCUGCCGAGAGCUCCGGCGCCAAGGUCUACCAUGAGUCCUCCGUCGGCGCGGGAUUGCCCGUCAUCUCGACUCUCAAGGACCUUGUUGACACGGGCGACCGCGUGACCAAGAUCGAGGGUGUCUUCAGCGGCACCAUGUCUUUCCUCUUCAACUCGUUCGCUCCGACGUCGGGUUCGGGUGGCAAGUGGUCUGCCGAAGUGGCUAAGGCCAAGGAGCUGGGCUACACAGAGCCUGACCCAAGAGAUGACUUGAAUGGUCUUGAUGUCGCUCGUAAGCUGACCAUUCUUGCGAGACUGGCAGGCCUGCCCAUCGAGUCGCCCACAUCCUUCCCAGUUCAAAGCCUGAUCCCCAAGGAGCUUGAAUCCUGCACGAGCGGGGACGAGUUCCUGCAGAGGCUACCCGAGUUUGACAGUCAGAUGGAGGAGACCAAGACGGCUGCUGAGAAGCAAGGCAAGGUGGUCCGCUUCGUCGGCAGCAUCGACGUCGGCAGCAAACAGGUCAAGGUCGGCCUAGAGCAGUUCGACGCAUCUCACCCUAUCGCCGCCCUCAAGGGUAGCGACAACAUCAUCAGCUUCUACACGGAGCGAUACGGCAGCAAUCCCCUCAUUAUCCAGGGCGCCGGCGCCGGUGGCGGCGUGACGGCCAUGGGUGUAACAGGCGACUUGAUCAAGGUGCUGGGUCAGAUUGCGUGA